AUGGAGAAUUGUAGCAGGCCAACCAGUAAACGCGUAUUAGCUGUGGGUGUUUGUUUACUGCUGAUGACUGUUUUUGUUUCAGAUGAAAAUGAUGAGUCCUCCGUUGAUGAAGAUAUAAACACAAUUUGCGGUGAUAAAUCGUCAUUAUCAUCAUCGGAUGAUGAUGACAAUGAUGAUUCCUGUGACAUGAGUGGAAACCCUCCUCACAUUGUAGUGGUCUUAAUUGAUGACGCAGGACGAUAUCCAUCAAAAGUUGGUAUGCAGCAUGGCUCAGUCCGACCGAUGCAACCAUACUAUCUGCCUAGACAAUAUGCAACCCUGGCAGACAAGCUGAAAGAGGUUGGUUACAUGAACCACAUAGUUGGCAAAUGGCAUAUCGGUUCCUGUAAUUGGACUUAUACACCUUUAUGGCGUGGUUUUGAUUCACAUUAUGGAUGUUCUGAGGGUGCGACCUCAUCUCAUGAAACGCAUGUGCUCAACAUUCCGAAGAGAGCUGAGAAAAUUGUUCGUAAUCACAACCCGAAAUCACCACUGUUUCUCUAUGUUGCGUAUAUGGCUCCUCACUUUCCCCUCGACGUUCCAAAAGGAUUUGAAGAUUCUGUAGAGUUGGCGGAUGAUGAUAGACGUAAAUUUGCUGGUAUGAUGGCAGCUUUGGAUGACGGUGUAGGUAACAUCACACGAGCUUUAAAAGACAAUAAUAUGUGGGAGGACACUCUGUUCGUAUUUCUAAGUGAUAAUGGAGGCGAUGCCGCGUUUGCUGGCUCCAACUACCCGUUCAGAGGAAACAAAGCAACACUCUGGGAAGGUGGUGUAAAAGUACCUGCGUUUAUUCAUGGCAGUAUGUUAAAACAAUCAGGCUAUGUGAACAAAGAAUUAUACCACUUCACUGACGUAUUUGCAACAUUGUUGAAGGUUGCUGGAGGAGAACCAGAUGAUGAUAUUGACGGGAAGAAUCAAUGGGAUAGCCUAUGUAGAGGGGAGCAUUCAGAACGCUCAGAAAUGUUGUUGCACCUUGAUACCCACCCAGUGACCAAUGGUGCUGCGUUGAGGUCAGGUGACUACAAAUAUAUUGAAGGAAUCACAAAUCUCGUAGUUCAAAAACUGAAUCAAAAUGAUGAACUCCAUUUUGACCAAUGGUACCGACCAGCAGAGAGUCCGGAUGCUGAGAUACCAGAUGCACCUCUGAUAUCCGAAAAUGUAAACAACAGAUUCCUGUUCAAUCUGAAAGAUGACCCGUUGGAAACCACCAACCUAUUUAACGACCCUGACAAGCAAGAUAUUAUCAAUGAAAUGAAGCAGCGCCUUGAUGAGUAUAGAGCAAGUUUGCCCCAAUUCUGGUUCCCUCCUGGGUUUGAUGAGAGAGGUAAUCCAGAUAACUUUGGUGAAGCAUGGACACCUGGAUGGUGUUAA